UACAGAAGCUGGAGCGGGAAGUAGUCUGCAGGAGCGGGCAUGCAGGGCACCCGUGGAGACACCAUCUCUACUGUUAGCAUGGGUCGGUAAUAAUCGGUAUGUACACUGCCUGAUUGCAGCAGCAUAACAUCUGCGUCUUCAAGGAAUGCCGAGAAAAACAUGGAUCAGCGACUGUAUUUCCGGUCAUCUGGCCCGGCAAAGGAACUGGGGGACGGCAUAGCGGAAGCUGUCGGUAAUCGAGAGUUCUGUCAGAGAAGAUUCCUGGCAGGCAUAACUACCAACCACAACUGGACAGCUGGACCAAAGGUGGCGUACUGUGUCGCUGAGGUGGAGACCAUUUGGAAACAGGUGUCCCAGGUCCCAUAUUGGUGACGUUUAGCGGCAUGAGCAGCUUACUAGAUUCGCGAGGCGCUCGUCAUCAAUCCGUACAUCGAUCGUGAACAUCCGGCAUUCGACAGCAAUAGUACGCGGCUCGGGUCAAGGCUCCAACAUGUGUAUGGAGUGGAUGAGGAGUACAGAGGCGUUCAAGGACGCGCUGGAGUAGUUUCCAGGCGAAGGAGGAUGUGAUGUUCCUGGCAAUCAACUCGUGUACUCUUACUGUGCCAAUGUGCUCUGUUGAGGCCCUCUCGCGCGGUACUAUUUUGCGGGCGGGUAAAUAGGCAGCGCACGCAGCGAAGCGAUAGCCCGGACUGCCGCGGCACAUGUGCUGCAUGAAGGUUACAUCACUGUGAUGGAGUGAGAGGCUUCGUUGCAACGGUGAUGAAUGAGCCG